UUCCUCCGUUUCAUUUUGUAGAAAGAAAAAGAAAAAGAAAAAGAAAAAGAGGAAAAGAAAAAAAAAAAAGUUAAUUUGGUUUCCCUCAUUUUUCUUCCCCCUCCUUUCCCCUCUUCCAAGAACUUUCUCUUUUUAAUCCCUCCCACUAUAAUCAAUCAAUCUCUUCUUCUUCUUCUUCUUCCUCCGAUCCAUUCUCUCAAUCUUUAUUCUUCAAUUUUCUUUCUGCGUUUUCAUUUUUAUUCCAUUUUUCGAUUCCUCUUCUUCUUCGUCAGUGCCGAUGAGACCUUUCCAGCCGCCUCCAGGUACAAAUCCUCCCACCGAUCGUACUCGUCGCCGUCCCCAUCUAAAUCUCCAUCUUCCUCAACGGGACAACACAUCUUUGGCUGUUCCUCUUCCUUUGCCUCCAACCUCCUCCAACUCUGCGCCUCCUCCUUCCACCAGUCAACUCCACAACGCCAAUCGCCCCCCUGACCCUCAUCCUCACCAACGUCAACCUUUCACCCUUUCUGAGUUUGAGCGUGUCAGCCGAAUCGGAAGCGGAUGUGGAGGUACCGUUUACAAAGUCGUUCACCGUCCCACCGGUCGUGUUUAUGCUCUCAAGGUCAUUUACGGAAACCACGAAGAUGCGGUUAGGCUUCAGAUGUGCCGUGAGGUCGAGAUCCUUCGUGACGUUGACAAUCCCUAUGUUGUUAAGUGCCAUGAUAUGUUUGAUCAUAACGGUGAAAUCCAGGUUCUUCUUGAGUAUAUGGAUCGGGGUUCUUUGGAAGGAACACACAUCCCUCAAGAACAUCAACUCUCUGAUUUGGCUCGCCAGAUUCUUAGCGGUCUUGCUUAUCUUCAUAGCCGACGUAUCGUUCAUCGCGAUAUCAAACCGUCCAAUCUUCUCAUCAAUUCUCGAAGGCAGGUUAAGAUCGCUGAUUUUGGCGUCGGUCGAAUCUUGGAACAGACUAUGGACCCUUGUAAUUCCUCGGUUGGGACUAUUGCGUAUAUGAGCCCUGAGAGAAUCAAUUCCGAUCUAAAUCAGGGUCAGUACAAUGGUUAUGCAGGGGAUAUUUGGAGCUUUGGGGUUAGCAUAUUGGAAUUCUAUCUGGGUCGCUUUCCUCUUGCUGUUGAGAGGCCUGGGGAUUGGGCUAGCUUGAUGUGUGCUAUAUGUAUGGCUCAGCCACCAGAGGCCCCGGCCACUGCUUCACCGGAGUUCCGCCACUUUAUUGCUUGUUGUUUGCAAAGAGAAGCUCGGAAGAGAUGGACUGCAGCUGCAUUACUGGAGCAUGCGUUCAUAACAAGGAAAAAUGGAGCAAGUCAGUUCCAGAAUAAGCAAGCUCAUCAUCAGAAUCUUCGUCAACUAUUACCUCCUCCGCCUCUUCAUCCUUCCAGCCUUUCUUGAGACAACAAGACAGUCUUUUAAUAUUUUUCUCAUUUUGUUUCUUUUUCUUUUUUCCUUGAAUUACUCUGUCUUCCUGAGAAGCAUGACGACCGCCAUUAUUGUCCUGUAAUUUUUCUGGAAUAGCCCAAGGGAAUGGUAAAUUAUUUGCUGUUUAGAAUCAGUAAAUCAAUCUGUUUUUCACGACAUUUUUCAGAACAAACAAUGCAAAAAUUCUGUAAUCUUUUGCCGGUGGCUGAAAUAUCAAUCAAGCUAAAUCAAAUUCGUUUUAA